AAUAUCUCAAAUUAGUAUAGUAGUACUUAAUAAUUAGAUACAUAAAAAAGUGAUGUAUUUACUACUUUUGAGAUACAAUGUUAGUCAAUUCAGGGAUAACACUACAUGAUAUUUUUUUAGGUUUUGCAGUUGUGGAUCUAAGUGGUUUCACCCCGUUUACAAUAUUCAACCCCGGAGAGACUUCAUUUGUUCUGUUGACUCUACCCGAGGGGCUUCUGAUACCAGGCUUCAAGUAUCGAUUUAAAUUGACUGUGUAUAACGGAGGUGAGGAGGGUGCGGCUUCCAUGGAUGUGGAAGUAAGAAUUGGGCCUACUUCUGGUUUCUUCGCUGUUGAGCCGACUUCCGUUAAAGCUCUGGAUACUGUCAUUAUGUCAGCUCCACAGUGGACGAGUGAAGCAGACGCCAUACCUCUUCAAUAUGCAUUUGGUGUACUUGUCGACAGAGAUGUUUGUGAGACAUUUGGAGUUCCAUCGAGCGAUCCAGAUCGGGAACAAAUAAUCCCCCAGGGAUCGGGUCCAGAGUACAUCCUCCCCUUAUGCGUUGUUGUGUCAGAUAAGUUUGAUUCGUUUGCCAUAGCAACAGUCAAUAUCACUUCCAGUCCCCCGGAUGUGAGCGAUCUAAUCCCAGUUGCUCUGGAAAAUUUACUUGAUGAUGCUGUGGAGGCUCCGUUGCAAAGCGGCGACGUGGAUUCUGCCUUAGCCGCCUUAAUCAGUAUUAUAGAUACCGUGCAAGACUCUAGUAACACUUCAGGUGAGUCAUAUUGUAGGAUUGAGUCGUAG